AUGACAUCAUGUCACGAGCUCACCUUACAUGAAAAAGUACAAUUAAUUUAUGACAACAGAGAUGGUAAUGGUUUGUCACAACGUAAAUUGGCCGAAAAAUAUAAUAUUUCACUUGGUUCAGUAUCAAAUAUUUUAAAACGCAAAACAGAAUACUUAAAGGAUUAUGAAACAAAUCAAAAUCAAACUGUUAAACGAAAAUCUAGAGAUGUUAAUGUGCAAACGCUGGACGAACAAGUAUCUGAAUGGUUUGUUCAACAGCGUGCAAAAGGAAUACCUAUUUCAGGACCUAUAUUACAGGAAAAGGCACGUGACAUAGCUGAGUCAUUAGGUGAUCAAUUUGCAUCAUUUAAAGGAUCUAAUGGAUGGUUAGAAAAGUUUAGAGCAAGACACAACAUUUCACAUUAUGUCAUUAGUGGUGAAAGUUCAUCUGUAGAUGUUCAAACUGUUGAUGAUUGGAUUCAACGUUCAUCAAAAAUUACACAUGGUUAUGAUGCAAAAAAUAUUUUUAAUUGUGAUGAGACUAUUUUGUUUUUUAAAACCAUGCCUGAUGACUCAUUAACAUUUGAUCAAGAAGAAUGUAAAGGAGCAGAUAUAGUAACAGUAACAGGUGAUGAGCAAUGUGAAGAAUUAGAAAAAUUAGAUGAUUUAUUACAACAUGUCACAAUUGGUGGUCAAACAAUGAAAGCAAGUGAUUUCAUUGAAUUAGACAAAGAUAUACCUCCAUUUAAUAUAUGGUUUGAUAAUUGUGAACGUCUUAUGGCUAGCGAUCUUAUUGAAUUCAAUGAUGAUGAUGAAAUAGAUGAUGAAGAUGAUCGAAUAACAACAGAAUCAUCACAAAAAUAUCGGAAGCAAUGGAAAUGA